CAUACUUUCCAUCUUCUCUGACAGUUCACAGUUGCAGUUCCACCCACUGUCCUUUCCCUCCUUGAAUAUUAUACAUACACACACCUAUACACACAAAACAAAACAAACUCAUCUCUUGUUCUUCCCAUCUCCAUUCUUCUCAAUGGGGUGUGUAGCUUAUCUAUGCUUGUUCGUCGUUUUAUUACAGUGUUUCAGUUUCAACAAUGUUGUUGCGUCCAAACAGACUUACAUUGUUCACAUGAGACAUAAUGAGAAGCCCGAUGAGUUCGAGACGCAUCAUGAUUGGUACUCUUCGAGCCUCCAGGCGGUGUCGGAUUCCGGUGAGGCUUCGGAGGCGCUGUUGUAUAGCUAUACGACGGCGUAUCAUGGGUUUGCGGCGUCGUUGAGUGGUGAGGAAGUUGAGGCUCUGAGAAAAUCGAAUUCGGUGAUUAGUAUCGAACGGGAAAAUGUUUAUGAGUUGCAUACGACGAGGACGCCGGAGUUUUUGGGGUUGGAUAAGGAGGUGGGGUUGUGGGAUGGGAGAUCGACGCAGCAAUUAAAUCAUGUUUCUCAGGAUGUGAUUGUGGGGGUUCUCGAUACGGGGGUGUGGCCGGAAUCGAUGAGCUUUUCCGAUAGUGAGAUGCCGAGUGUGCCGACCCGGUGGAAGGGGGAGUGUGAGUCGGGUCAGGAUUUUGACCCGAAAGUUUGUAACAAGAAGUUGAUCGGAGCAAGAGCGUUUUCGAAGGGAUACUUGGCUGCGGUUGGGAACUCGCCGAAGAAGGGGAAGGAGAGUGUGUCUCCGCGUGACGUGGAUGGGCAUGGGACCCACACGGCGAGCACGGCGGCUGGGUCCCAUGUGGGGAACGCGAGCUUGUUGGGGUACGCGAGUGGGGUGGCGCGUGGGAUGGCGAUGCAUGCGAGGGUGGCGACGUAUAAGGUGUGUUGGAAGGCGGGGUGUUUUGGGUCGGAUAUACUCGCGGGGAUGGAGCGUGCGAUUCACGACGGGGUGGAUGUGCUGUCGAUGUCGUUGGGGGGAGGGUCUGGACCGUUUUAUCGUGAUACGAUUGCUAUUGGGGCUUUUACAGCGAUGGAGAUGGGGAUUUUGGUGUCGUGUUCGGCCGGGAAUAGCGGUCCGGUUCAGAGUUCGUUAGCGAAUGUGGCCCCGUGGAUCAUGACGGUCGGGGCCGGGACUCUGGACCGGGAUUUCCCGGCUUUUGCGGUUUUAGGAGAUGGGAGAAAAUUUACCGGAGUUUCAUUAUAUAGUGGUGGUGGUAUGGGUGAAAAACCGGUUGGGAUAGUGUACAAUAAGGGUAUGAGUAGUUCGAGUAAUUUGUGUUUACCCGGUUCACUGGAACCGGAAACGGUUCGAGGCAAAGUGGUUUUGUGUGAUCGCGGUGUUAACGCGCGUGUGGAGAAGGGGAAAGUGGUUAAGGAUGCAGGGGGAGUAGGGCUGAUAUUGGCUAACACGGCGGAGAGUGGUGAGGAGCUUGUGGCGGAUAGUCAUUUGCUCCCAGCGGUUGCGGUGGGGCGAAAAAUGGGGGAUGUUAUAAGGGAGUAUGUGAAGAAGCAGGAGAAUCCGACCGCAGUUUUAAGUUUUGGUGGGACGGUAUUGGGUGUAAGGCCAUCGCCUGUGGUGGCGGCCUUUAGUUCGAGAGGGCCUAAUGUUGUGACACCGCAGAUAUUGAAGCCGGAUGUGAUUGGCCCGGGUGUUAAUAUUUUGGCUGGUUGGUCAGAGGCUGUUGGACCUACUGGAUUGGAUUCGGAUAGUAGGAAGACUCAGUACAAUAUCAUGUCAGGUACUUCAAUGUCUUGCCCUCAUAUCAGUGGGUUGGCAGCACUGCUGAAAGCAGCACAUCCAGAAUGGAGUCCAAGCGCAAUCAAAUCUGCCCUCAUGACCACUGCCUACACUCAAGACAACACCAAAUCCCCACUCCGUGAUGCAGCAACAGGUGGUUUAUCUGACCCAUGGGCAUAUGGAGCAGGCCACGUCGACCCUCACAAGGCCAUAUCUCCUGGCCUUGUGUAUGACUUAACAUCACAAGACUAUGUUGCAUUCCUUUGCUCCAUGGACUACAGCAUUGCUCACAUUCAAACCAUUGUGAAACAUCCCAACGUAACAUGCGCCAAGAAAUUUGCUGAUCCAGGCCACUUAAACUACCCUUCAUUCUCCAUUGUUUUCGGGAAGUCCAGAGUUGCACGAUACACUCGUGAACUAACAAAUGUGGGAGCUGCAGGAUCAGAAUACGAAGUUGUGAUCAAUGCACCAACUAACGUCGGGGUGACUGUGAAUCCAACUAAACUAACAUUCAAAAACGUAGGCGAUAAGCUCCGGUACACAGUCACAUUUGUUUCGAAGAGGGGGAUGAACAGGAUGGGGAAGAGCUCAUUCGGAUCAAUCAGCUGGAACAAUGCUGAACACCAAGUUAGCAGCCCAGUUUCUUUUCAAUGGUCACGUCUAGUGAGAUAAGUGAAUGUUCUUUUAGUCCAUCAAGGCUUACCUUCUCUUGCUUCUCUCGCAUUCAUCAGAGUAAACCCUGCGAGCAAUUUUAAAGUAAAGUGCAAGAGAUGAAUGUGAUGGAGGAAGCCUGAGUUGAGAAGUCUUAUUGUGAUUUUAUAACCCUGAUGUAAUGCUCAAAUUAUAUGCAGUAGAUUAAGGCGGCUUGUAAUGGAAAUCCAACAUGAAAAACAGUUGGAUUGGUGCUUAUUUAAUGAAAUGAAGUUGCACUUGACUUCAGUCAAAUAUAAAUUAUUCCUAUA